AUGUCGGCCCUUCAUGCCCAACUGGCCAUACUGCAGCAACUUCUAGGCAACGGUGUGAGGCUGGAGGAGAGACCCAGAGACGAAGAAGACUGCAACGAAAAUUCAGACAACACAGUCGGCAAAGGAGCUGACAACAACUACGGCGGGAUGAUGGAGCGUCAGAGACAAGCUACCAGAGAACAGAUUUCUCAAACUGUUCAGCAACAAGAGGCCAAUACGUAUGCUGCCAGACGGCACGAACUUGCUGAGAAGAAGACAAAGGCAUUUAAUAACUCCGAGUUUCGCAUCUUCCAGGCGGUCUCUAAGGAUUUUACUUUCUGCCCAUUCAAAGUUGUGGUCUCGUAUCCAGAACGCUUCGUGGGCAAGGCCAACAAACCUCGUACAAAGCCGUUUUUCACUAGAAUUCUCUUCGAGAAAACUUGGGACUUCUUCUAUCUUCAUGAUCCAGAGGAGCCGGCUAGAGACCCCUACCUUUUGAUUCCAACCGCUCAGUUCGAAGUCUUCCUUGAAGAAAUCAACCUCGAGCUUGACACUUCUCUCAAGAUCCCUCCCGGUGUGAACAUGGAAAAGUUCUACCUCAAAUUCGGCGAACAUGGUACCCCACGCCCUCGAUACUUGAAACGAUCAGAGGAAGAGACGUCUCUUGACGCUCGGCCAUGGCCCGCUAUCGACCAAGAUGAUAUCAAAGGCUUCAAGGCGGCAACCCCAAAACAGCGACUGGCCUGGAAAGCAAAGUUUCGAAUUGUCAAGUCUGGGUUUCCACCCAGAAACAGGGCAGAUCCUGACAAGGUUGCGAGAAAGAAGAGUCACCGAGAGCGAAUGCUUCGCAACACCCAGAGAUGUCUUGGUCUUCUGGGAGAUCCUGAUGGCUAUGACGUUGUUUUCAUUUGCGUCGAUGUUGAGGCCAUUGAAAGAAGGCCCAACCCCGUUUCUGAAAUUGGUAUCGCUAUCCUCGACACACGAGACACCAAAGGCGUUGAUCCUAAGAUUGUCGGCCGUGGCUGGUGGCCCCUGAUCAAGACCCACCAUCUUCGAGUCUAUGAGUUUGCUGGUUUGCGAAACUAUCAGUUCGUCAAGGGAUGCCCUGACGAUUUUGACUUUGGGACGAGCACAUUCCCAACAAAUGCAACAGUUGCAGACUCCAUCAUGGAAAUUUUUAACCCAUGGCUUAACGAUCAACGAAACAUCGCCGUCGUCGGACAUGAUGUGAAACAGGACAUCACCUACUUCACUGAAUUGGGCCUGGACCUAAGAUUCCUCGGAGGGCUGGCAGAACCGGUGGACACUCAGGACAUUCACCAAGCCUGGCGUGGUUCAACAAAUGGACGAAGUCUCGGUGCCGUACUGAACGAUCUUGAUAUUGCCCACAAGCACCUGCACAAUGCAGGAAACGACGCGCACUACACACUCUGUGCCAUGCUUGGUAUUGCACUGGAAGACAUUCGGAAGGAAGAGGAGUUGAGCAAUGAGAUGCUCAACAAGGUUGACUGA